CGAGGCGUGGCUGACUCGCGGGCUGCGUGGGGAUCACCGAGCCAGGGAACGCGGGUGUGGGGGGUGGGAAGGCGCCGUCCUGGGGCCGGGGUGGCGGGGCGUGGGAGAUGGCGACGCGAUGGAGCAGCGAGAACGUGGUGGUGGAGUUCCGCGACUCCCAGGCAACUGCAAUGUCUGUGGACUGUCUGGGGCAGUAUGCAGUGCUUUCGGGCCGCCGAUUCCUAUACAUCGUUAAUCUAGAUGCCCCUUUCGAAGGUCACCGAAAGAUCUCUCGCCAGAGCAAAUGGGACGUCGGAGCUGUGCAGUGGAAUCCUCAUGACAGCUUUGCACACUAUUUUGCAGCUUCGAGUAACCAACGGAUUGACCUUUAUAAGUGGAAAGACGGCAGUGGGGAAGUUGGCACAACCUUACAAGGCCAUACUCGCGUAAUCAGCGACUUGGACUGGGCAGUGUUUGAGCCAGAUCUCCUGGUUACCAGCUCUGUGGACACCUACAUCUACAUUUGGGAUAUCAAAGACACAAGGAAACCUACCGUUGCACUGUCUGCUGUAGCGGGUGCCUCGCAGGUCAAAUGGAAUAAAAAAAAUGCUAAUUGCCUUGCCACCAGUCAUGACGGGGAUGUACGGAUAUGGGACAAGCGGAAACCCAGUACAGCAGUGGAAUAUCUAGCAGCCCACCUCUCCAAAAUCCAUGGCCUGGACUGGCACCCAGACAGUGAGCACAUUCUUGCUACCUCUAGUCAAGACAACUCUGUCAAGUUCUGGGAUUACCGCCAGCCUCGGAAAUACCUCAAUAUUCUCCCUUGCCAGGUGCCUGUCUGGAAGGCCAGAUACACUCCUUUCAGCAAUGGAUUAGUGACUGUGAUGGUUCCCCAGCUGCGGAGGGAAAAUAGUCUUCUCUUGUGGAAUGUCUUUGACUUGAACACCCCAGUCCAUACCUUUGUGGGGCAUGAUGACGUGGUGCUGGAGUUCCAGUGGAGGAAACAGAAGGAAGGGUCCAAGGACUACCAGCUGGUUACGUGGUCACGGGAUCAGACCUUGAGAAUGUGGCGGGUGGAUUUCCAGAUGCAGAGGCUUUGUGCAAAUGACAUAUUAGAUGGUGUUGAUGAGUUCAUUGAGAGCAUUUCUCUUCUGCCGGAACCAGAGAAGACCUUUCACACUCCAGAUAUAGAUCACCAGCACAACUCAAGCCAUGGGGAGGAAGAAGUCUUAAAGGAAGAUCCCCCGAGCAAUCUCCUGGAAGAGAAGAAAUCAGAUCAGCUGGGACUGCCCCAGACUCUACAGCAGGAGUUUUCCCUGAUCAAUGUGCAGAUCCGGAAUGUCAAUGUGGAGAUGGAUGCAGCAGAUAGGAGCUGCACAGUGUCUGUGCACUGUAGCAGCCAUCGUGUCAAGAUGCUGGUGAAGUUCCCUGCACAGUACCCAAACAAUGCUGCCCCUUCCUUCCAGUUUGUUAACCCCACAACCAUCACAUCCACAAUGAAAGCUAAGCUGCUAAAGAUCCUGAAAGACACUUCGCUGCAGAAAGUGAAACGCAACCAGAGUUGUUUGGAGCCCUGCCUACGCCAGCUCGUCUCCUGCCUUGAGACUUUUGUGAACCAAGAAGAUAGUGCUUCCAGCAACCCCUUUGCACUCCCAAACUCCGUCACACCACCCUUACCAACGUUUGCCCGGGUGACUACUGCCUAUGGGUCAUACCAGGAUGCCAAUAUUCCCUUCCCUAGGACCUCAGGGGCCAGGUUCUGUGGAGCAGGGUAUUUGGUGUAUUUCACAAGGCCUAUGACGAUGCAUCGAGCAGUGUCUCCAACAGAACCUACUCCAAGAUCUCUCUCGGCCUUGUCUGCUUAUCAUACUGGCUUGAUUGCGCCAAUGAAGAUUCGUACAGAGGCCCCUGGGAACCUUCGUUUAUACAGUGGGAGCCCCACCCGCAGUGAGAAAGAGCAGGUCUCCAUCAGCUCCUUCUACUACAAGGAGCGGAUGUCUCCUCGCUCUGCCCGGCGACGUUGGUCCAUACAAGCAAUUAACGACUUCCCGAAAUCAAGGAGAUGGAAAAGUAAGCGCGAGGGAUCGGACUCUGGCAAUCGACCAAUCAAGGCUGCUGGGAAAGUUAUCAUCCAGGAUAUUGCGUGUCUUCUUCCUGUUCACAAAUCAUUGGGAGAACUGUACAUAUUGAAUGUAAAUGAUAUUCAAGAAACGUGUCAGAAGAAUGCCACUUCUGCCUUGCUUGUUGGAAGGAAGGAUCUUGUCCAGGUUUGGUCGCUGGCCACGGUAGCUACAGAUCUUUGCCUUGGUCCGAAGUCUGACCCAGAUUUGGAAACACCCUGGGCUCGACAUCCAUUUGGGCGACAGCUGCUGGAGUCCCUGUUGGCUCAUUACUGCCAACUCCGGGAUGUCCAGACAUUGGCUAUGCUCUGCAGCGUGUUUGAAGCCCAGUCUCGGCCUCAGGGAAUACCAAACCCCUUCGGGCCUUUUCCCAGCCGUUCAUCUAACCUUGUGGUGUCCCAUAGUCGAUAUCCUAGCUUUACUUCCUCUGGUUCCUGCUCAAGCAUGUCAGACCCAGGGUUCAACACUGGCGGCUGGAACAUAGCAGGAAGAGAGGCAGAACAUAUAUCUUCCCCUUGGGGAGAGUCUUCACCAGAAGAAAUCCGCUUUGGAAGUCUGACCUACAGUGAUCCCCGUGAGCGAGAAAGGGACCAGCAUGAUAAAAAUAAAAGGCUUCUGGACCCCGCCAAUACUCAGCAAUUUGAUGACUUUAAAAAGUGCUAUGGAGAAAUCCUCUAUCGCUGGGGCCUGAGAGAGAAACGAGCUGAAGUGCUGAAGUUUGUUUCCUGUCCUCCUGAUCCUCACAAAGGGAUUGAGUUUGGCGUGUACUGCAGCCACUGCCGGAGUGAGGUCCGUGGCACGCAGUGUGCCAUCUGCAAAGGCUUCACGUUCCAGUGUGCCAUCUGCCAUGUGGCAGUGCGAGGAUCAUCCAAUUUCUGCCUGACCUGCGGGCAUGGUGGACACACUAGCCACAUGAUGGAGUGGUUUCGGACCCAGGAGGUGUGUCCCACCGGGUGUGGGUGCCACUGCCUGCUUGAAAGCACUUUCUGAGCUUACAGACCAUGGGAGUUGUCAGAAAUCCCAGAGGAUCCCAUAAAUGCCGGUGACAAGCUCCCUGCCAGGAGAGAGGCUCCAGAACCCGUUCCCAACCAGACUGGGGUAUGUUCCCCUCACAGACUGCCGCAGCACCAGCUGUCGUGAGCCUGUGCUUCUCUUCUGUAUGGCUGUUGGCCGCAUGGAUGUCACUGGAGGAGGAUGAGGGCAGACGUGCAGAGCUGAGUAGCCAGGUGGAAGUUUUCUUGGAGAAAAGCACCUGCCUCCAGAGCAGUGUUUACCUUUAAGGUGUUAGCCUUAAACCACCGAACAGCAUCCUAUCUGAUGCCGUUACAGAUACUGAGGUCGGAUGCAAAGGACAGUCUCCUGAGCCAAAGGACAGUGAACAUUAAUUUAGUUAACAAAUGGGCCUGUGACAUCACUUGGUACAUUUAAUGAACCGAACCGAUGAACAGUGACCUUUUAAAAUAUGAUACUUAAGUUAUAAAUAUAUGAUGUACUUAAGGAUUCUUGAUGUAUUUUUUGUUUGUUAUUUUUCUUCCAGUGGCUCUCUGUUGGCUAAUAAAAUUCUAGUAAAUGUUUAAAAAAAAGGGACAGAGACAGUUGAACAACGUUUGAGUGAAUCUUUUUUUACCCUACUUCUAGUUGAAAUUAACUCUUUUGAAUAGGACCAAAGUCAGUGCUCAGUUUUUCAAAGGAAGUGCUGAUUUACUUUUGUUACCUAACAGGAGAAAAUAGAAUUUGACAUUUGAGUUUCUUCCCAACCCCAAGAGUCUUUUAAUCAUUUCUUUUAGCAAAAGGAAAAUGAGAUGGCUUCGCAGCUUUGAUAUUCAAGUCUUCUGUGCCACUGGGCAGGUUGGCUGAGUUCCGGUACGUACCUUCACUCUUCACUUGGGGUCCCUUGCAAACUUUGCCCUGUGUUUAUCUGUGUUCCAACUGGUUAUGACUCACAUGUCCACCAAUUCUUCAGAAUGAUUUUCAACUCUUCACAUUUUGUACGUGCCAGAGAAGAGAAAUCUUUUUGAUAUUUUCACUGAAAUUUAUAUUUGUUUCUUAGAAUUUUAUAAUUCCAAAUCGAUUAACUUAAGAAAUAUGUCUUAAGAAACAUGUCUCAAAAUGUAUUGUACAUCAC